CAUCAAACCAUAUCUCUCCGUCUCGAUCUUUACUCUUCCUUCCCUUCUCGCUUUCUUCACCCUCUUCCUCGGCGGACAAUUUCCUUGAGCAAAUGGAGUCGUCGCCGUCGAAUUCAACAGUCGGCAUAGCCGCCGUUCCUUCGAAACGGCCUGCCCGGCGGCUCUUGUUCGACCGCCGCUAUGGCUGGGUGGUGGAUGAAUGGAAGCACCCAUCGGAGGAAGCCUUGGCUGGCGGCCGUGGAAUGUUCUGCAUAUUACCUCUGGCAAAAUCAUUGUGGAUGAUGGCUUCGAAAUCGAUAGAUUUCGCAUCGAGUUAUGCCGCUGAAGUCAUUGAAAAGCCUGAGCUUUUAUCGCCUCAGACGCUGCAGGCGAAUCUGGGAACUCAGCUCAACAGAUUCAAGUCUUCCCUGCUUAACCCCGAUUUCGAUCAUCUUGUACGAAACUCUCCGUCCUCCCAUCCUGCUCGUGUAUUCUCAAAUUCACAUGUAAAACUUGACAACAAAGAACCACAGACUGAUUGAUGAUGCCACUAGUCUAUUAUGAUGCAACAUUGAUCUUUUGGUCUAAUGCAUGGUCCUUGGAUUUAGAUUAUGAGUUCUAUCCUUUCACUUCAUCGGUAAAGUUCAACAAGGAAAGAAGGAAAUGUAAGAAAACUGAACAAUGAGU